CAAACAUGUUGCCCACGCUUCCUUAUUUCCACAAUGUUACAUAAAAUCUGUGUCCAAUUCAGUAUCUCUGCUAGAACUGAGUUUGAAAAAAAGAAUAUCAAAGAUGAGGAUGUCCAAGAAGAAUUGGUUUGGUAAUAUCAGAAAGAAACUAUUCAGAUCACAUAAAAAUAUCAUUCUUCUUCAUAACAACACAAUUACCAAUAGGAACAGCAGCGCCAAUGGACGCUCAUCUACAAACAAAAAUAAUGUGCACACCUAUUUUGUGUCUAAAGAGGAUAUGGCUGCUAUUACUAUCCAAUCUCAUUUUAGGGGUCAUCUUGCGAGACGGGCGUUUAAGGCACUCAAGAGCCUUGUGAGGCUUCAAGCAGUGGUGAGAGGGGCAUGUGUGAGAAGACAAGCAAGGAUAGCUCUGCAUUGCAUGCACGCCCUUGCACGGUUACAAGUUACUGUCCGAGCUAGACAACUCCUCAGCAAGUGCAAUGACCGUUGAUAAAAGAAUUUUUUUUUUGGUGAUCUGAUAGUGUGUAAAAAAAAAAUAUUUUACAACGUUAAAGUACGUAUAGAAGUUAAAUUCUUGUGCUUCUUGUUUAGAACUGGUAUUGCAACUAACAAAUUUAAAAUAAGUGUAAAUCGUGUUGUUUCCACUGUUGCAUUAGCAUAUGGUGUUUUCUUUUAGAUUUAUAUAUAGAUCUUAUAGGUGUGCUUUUUGUAAGCUUUUGAAGAAUAUGUCGAUUAUCUGAAAGAUAUGAAUGAUGUUCUUCUAAAGUACAUCUAUACACUAUGUGCGCAUGUGGUUACGUUGUAAGAUGAUCUAACAGUUAAUUCUUUUCCA